AUGACCGAAUCAAAGGCGAUCAUUUUCGGCUGUUCCGGCCCCCGUCUGACCGACGAGGAAGCGGCUUUCUUUGCCGAUGAACGGCCCUGGGGCCUGAUCCUUUUUGCGCGCAACAUCGGCGAAGCGGCCGAAAUCGCAGAUCUGACGGCGCGGUUCCGCGAUAUCGUCGGCCGCACCGAUGCGCCGGUUUUCAUCGAUCAGGAGGGCGGGCGGGUGCAGCGCAUCCGCCAGCCGAUCGCGCCGAACUAUCCGUCGGGCGCGGUACUCGGCGCGCUCUACAGGAAAGACCGCGCGCAAGGCCUGCACACGGCGCGGCUGAUGAGCCGGUUGCAUGCAGCCGACCUUCUGCCGCUGGGCAUCGAUGCGGACUGCCUGCCGGUGCUCGAUGUGCCCGUUCCCGGUGCUCACGAUGUGAUCGGCGACCGCGCCUACGGCCACGAUGCGAAGAGCGUCGCCGAGAUGGGCCGGGCUGCCGCCGAGGGUUUGCUGGAGGGCGGUGUCUUGCCGGUGAUCAAGCAUAUACCCGGCCAUGGCCGGUCGCUGGUCGACAGCCACAAGGCGCUGCCCGUGAUCGAUGCCGACAUCGAGACGCUGGCAUCGACGGACUUCGAGCCGUUCCGGCAGUUGGCGGACAUGCCGAUGGCGAUGACGGCCCAUGUGGUCUACACGUCGCUCGAUCCGGACAAUCCGGCAACCACAUCCGCCCGCGUGAUCGGCGAAGUGAUCCGGACGCAGAUCGGCUUUGACGGGCUCUUGAUGACCGACGAUCUGUCGAUGCACGCCCUUUCUGGGGAUUUCUCGGCGCGGACCAAGGCUUCGCUUUCGGCGGGCUGUGACGUCGUUCUACACUGCAACGGCCUGCUCGAUGAAAUGCGGCCCGUCGCCGAGGCCGCGCCGCAAUUGUCGGGCAAGGCGCUGGAGCGCGCAGGCCGGGCCACGGCCAUGGCCCGCCGGCUUGGCAGCGCGGCGUCCGAAACGGCGGCGCUGCGCGAUGAAUUUGAACGGUUGGUCGCGACGGUCGCCUAG